AUGGUUCCUCAGUCAGAAGGCAGGUUCCUCACUGUAAAAGCAAUGUUCCUCACUCUGACUACAAGGUUCCUCACACUGAGGACAAGGUUCCUCACUCUGAGGACAAAGGUUCCUCACACUGAGGAUAAAGUUGCUGUCUCUGAGAACAAGGUUUCUCACUCUGAGGACAGGGUUCGUCACUCUGAAGACAAGGUUCCUCACACUGACAACAAUGUUCCUCACUCUGAGAACAAGGUUCCUCAGUCUGAGGCAAGAUUCAUCACUCUGAGGACAAGGUUCCUUACACUGUGGACAAGGUUCCUCACUUUUAGAACAAGGCUCCUCACUCUGAGGACAAGGUUCCUCACUCUGAGGGCAACGUUGCCCAUUCUGACGACAAUGUUCCUGACUCUGAGGACAAGGUUUCUCACUCUGAGGGCAAGUUUCGUCCUUCUGAUGACGAGGUUUCUCUCUCUGAGGACAAGGUUCCUCACACUGAGAACAAGGUUUCGCACUCUGAGAACAAGGUUACUCAUUGUGAGGACAAGGUUCCUCAUUCUGGGGAAAGGUUCCUCACACUGAGGACAAGGUUCCUCACUCUGAGGACAAGGUUCCUCACUCUGAAGUCAGGUUCCUGA